AAGAAGGGGAGGCGGGGCGAGCGCGGAGUACGCCGGUGGGCGGGUCAAGGCAAGGCCCCGACGCGGCGCCUGAGGGAGCGGAAGAGAGAGCGGGGAGUGAGGGAAUCAUCGAAGGGAAGGGAAGGGAGAAAAUUGAUUGAAGAAGGGCCAGGCCGGCAGUGACUCUGCAAAGUCUACAGUUUACUAUCUAAGGGAACCACAGUCAGAAUCCUUAAAGAAAAUUUAAUGCAAGGUAUUUUCAUCUGCUGGCGGAUUGGGCUGGAGGCGGCUGACUGAAAUAGCGACGUGCUGAUUCCAAAAGGAGGAGAAGCAUUUACGGAAGACACAGAAAUAAACAAAGAGGAUGUCCGUGAUCAGUGCUCUGCCAUUUCUCAAACCCAUUCACCUCCGACCUCCACGAAGCUCCCCUGCACGCCAACGUCGGCACACUCUUCCUGCCAGCGAGUUCAGGUGCCUGACUCCUGAGGAUGCCAUCAGCGUGUUUGAAAUUGAGCGAGAAGCCUUUAUUUCGGUGUCGGGAGACUGCCCCCUCCACUUAGAUGAGAUUCGCCACUUCCUGAACCUGUGUCCUGAGCUGUCACUUGGCUGGUUUGAAGAAGGCCGUCUAGUUGCUUUCAUUAUUGGCUCUCUGUGGGAUCAGGAAAGACUCAGCCAGGAGGCUCUGACCCUGCACAAGCCCCAUGGCUCCACAGUCCACAUCCAUGUUUUGGCAGUGCACCGCACCUUCCGCCAACAAGGCAAAGGCUUCAUCUUGAUGUGGCGAUAUCUACAAUACCUGUGCUGCCUGCCCUACGUGCGUCGAGCCACACUGAUGUGUGAGGACUUCCUCAUCCCUUUUUACUCCAAGUGUGGCUUCAAGGAGCUAGGCCCCUGCGAGAUCACCGUGGGCUCACUGAAUUUCAUUGAGAUGAACUAUGAUGUUCGCGGCCAUGCCUUUAUGCGCAGGAACAGUGGCUGCUGAGAUCAUGCUUCCCCUUCCCAUUAAUGUCCAGCUGUUGAUCUUGCUGGCUGGCCAAGCUGUUUGCAAGUUACUCCCAAGGCUUCAGAUGGGACCUACCAGUGGCUCAGGGGAGUCCUUUGGGUGGGGCCACCAAGUUUUGUGUAUUGGGAUAAGGCAAGUGGUGGGUCAGGCAAGUAUGCCCACACAGAUUAGAAAGGUGUAACUGAAGGAUCCCAUUCUUAAGAAGUUUGGGAUCCCCUGCUAUGUGCAGAGAUAAGCUGCUCCUACCAUUUCUGCCAGGCAGCAAAACUCCUAAGGCCUAGCAUUCGCUAUCUACCCACACAGCUGCCUUUAAAACUGGUAGCUAAACCUCGGCCCAGUUUUCCUCUCACUUGUGUCUUAUCUGGUAUUGCAAUGUUGAAUAGAUGGGGAACAAAAGGCAGUAGCACCCCAAUCAAUCCCCCAUUCCCUCAAUUUAAAUAUGGAGGUGGCAAAUGGGUGAAGAUAGAGACACGAAGCUUAUUGUUAUCAGGAAGGAGCACCCUAUGUGGUUUGCUGCAGAUGGUGUGCUGGGGUUUCUGCAAGGAAGAAUUUGGCCAUUUUCACAACUUCAUAAUAGGUAGCCACGGAUUGUCCACUUUCAUGGCAUUGGUUACUAUUCGCCAUAAAAUUGCACAAAAGAAUAACUGUCUUAGAAGAUCUGCAUCUAUUAUAGUCAAGCCAGUAUAUCUGCAUAAAUAGGCAACUGUUUGCAGAAAUCCAGCAUUUGAUUUUGAAAAAUGUGGCUGAUUUCUUGCUUUCUUGGCUUUAGGCCACCCUUUGGGAUUAAUAGGGCAAUUAGGAAAAUAUUGCCUGAGAAGAAUAACUUAAUUAGGUCCUCCAUUUCUGGGAAUUACUUACUUGGCCUUGGGAAAGGAGCAUGCUCUGAUAAAAUUACUGUCUUCUUGCUGUGUCCAGAAAUACUCUCCAUGCCUUCUCAUGCUAGUUGCUCUCUUGUGCUGAAAUGUGUGCAAUCUGUAAAUAAAUAUUGCCCAUGUGGUAAAAAGACACAGCAGGCUUCCUAGCCGGUUUUAUGCCCAGGUAAUAAUUCCAAAAGUUAAAAAUCCGGUCCCUGCUUACAAGAGGCAUCCUCCAUUUGCUUGCUUUAUUUUAAACUGCUCUACUUCUCCCUCACUGGUUUUGACAAAAGCUAUCACAAAGCAGAAUUUUGGAUGUUCAAAAGCAGCAGAAGGGAAGGGCAACGUGUACUGCCUGGCCAGCAUUGCUACUAGGAAGAGAGGGAGCCAUCAAAUUUGAGUCUAUGCGAAUUCUCUCAUAUCACUUGAAUGCUCACGGGUUUGGCAUGCAGUGGUUCACUGUUGAGGCAAACCCCUGAGGUUUUGUGGGAUCUCAUUGCCCUGGCUGGAAGAGGAUACUGUGUGCGCACUAUUGAAAUCAUUGGUGGUGGGAGAGCAUGACAUGUUUCUGUGCAUGUGAUCCAGUCAAUCAAAGAGAACAGCACAAACUGGAUAGUGGGGCCCUUUUACUAGGGCCAGCUGCUAGCAUCUGAUAUGCUUCUUGUCCUGCUUUGGAUUCUUGGAGAGCAGGUAGGAACUUGCCAAGCUUUCUGGAAGGAAUAUUUCCACUGAAAGACAACCCAAAAUACCAAACAACUCCACAUAUCCUCAGUGAUUGUGUUUGUUGUAACUGCAACAAUAAAUUAUUUGAUCUAAAAAAAAAGAAUAAUCUAGUCAUGAUAAGUUGUAGGUAUGUUGGUCUUUUCUUGUGCUAGCUAACCUACAUGCUGCUGCAGUGGAAAUAAAAAUGGAGAAAGGAGGAAGUUAGACAUACCAGAUGGCUUGCUUGUAAGAAUGUCUUCCUAGUGCUUAGAGAAAGGGGCCUCUUUGUUUUAAUAACUCUGGGGUUGGGAAAAGGCAGUGCAAUCUUAUAUGUAUCCACUCAGAAAUCAGUCCCAUUGAGUUCCCUGGAAAGUGUCCAUAGGAUUGUAGUCUUAAUGAAGUAUAAUCUUGUCACAAGGCUCUGUUAAUUGUAAUUCAAAUGGUACACUAUCUUGGUGUGAACAGGCAAAUAUUUAUAGCUCCUGCUACUGAAACAUGGGAAAGCACCACUCUCCAUGAACAAAUCUUUAUGCCAUUUUCAUGUCUUUUGCCAAGUCAAUAAAUAAAUGUGUUUUUCUACUGA